AUGGCCAACCCGUUGACCGAGAAAAAUUCCAACAGUUCUCUAAAGAGUGUUCAUGAAAUGGCCCGUCACAAAACAUCCUCUAUGGAGUCGGAGCUCCCACAGUCGGAUCUACCAAGUAAUUUCGGAGAGGUUGUGAAAGGAAUAUACCGAUCUGCCUUUCCAAAUCCUUGGAAUCUUCCAGCACUUACGAAGUUGGGACUGAAGACCAUCAUCACCCUGGUUGAUGAACCUUACACCCCCAACCAUGUGGUCUUCAUGAAAGAGAACGGGAUCUCACAUCAUCGUAUCUUAGUUCAGGCGAAUAAAGACCCUGAUGUCAAGAUACCAGAUGCUGUUAUGUGUCGAAUUCUGGAGCUUAUGCUCGAUAGAGGCAAUCACCCCAUCCUCAUUCAUUGCAACAAGGGAAAGCAUCGUACUGGAUGUGUGGUUGGUUGUUUCCGCAAACUCCAGGGCUGGGAAUCGCGCGACAUCAUUAGCGAAUACCUUCAGCAUUCUUACCCGAAGUCUAGGCUGCUCGAUGAGAAGUUCAUCAACGAAUUCGAUGUAUCUCAACUUUCUCGACUUGCCCAAUUUUCUGACGUCAGGGAGUGGCAGCCGUCUGGGAACUUCAAGAUGCCGUCAGAAGAAAACGACAAGGCUUCUUCUAAACGCCUUCUCCCUCCCAUCCUCUGA